GUGGUUUGAACCCAAUAAUAUAAUUAAAAAAAUAAUCACGAGUAGUAGACCAGCCAACCAUCCGUUUUGCAAUAAAUGCAGACUUUACACAUGGAAAUCCAUCACUCGGAAAUGUAGACGACUACUUAAAUGGCUCAUAUGAAGAGACCGUGAAAUUUGUAAGCUUUUCCCCUUUCAGUUCUUAACUAACGCCUUUCAUUAUUCACCUACCAUUUAUACAAAUCCAUUUCUUCUUCUUCUUUCUUGUACAUAUACAUACAUAUAUUUUCACCUAUCUGAUCUCCCUUUCUUUCUCACAAAACAAUCACCUCAGAUGGACCCAAAACAACCAAAGCAACUGGAUUUAUUCUUACCCAAACACAAACUCGAAUUACAACCAAAACCAAACCAAACCCACCAAUAUUUUAAACCCAGUGUUGCAGACCAAAACAAUAAGCGUAUUAUAUGGGAUUGCGGCAGCACGCUUUACGACUCGUUCGAGCUCAACUCAUUCAGACGCCAACUCGACUCAACCAUUUCCAGAACCCUAUCCAUGUCCCACGUACCCGAUCCUCUUCCCCCUUCCGUCCCCAAGAAAUCCUCCAAGCUUUCUCGUUCUCUUAACAAAUUUUUCAGGUCUGUCUUCAAGUUCAAGCGAAACAACGGCUCUGUUUUCGACGUCAACCACCGAUCCCAAGCUCAAUACUACGACAAGUCCGGCGCUCUUACUACCAUCCUCGAAGUCCCCGAGAUCGAUCUCGGUGGGUUUUCGCCGGAGAUGAUCAGGAAAACUGCAUCGGAGAGGUUCACAUCGUCUUCACUGAUUGGUAUCUCUUAUGCUUAGUCAAUAAAUAGAUACUAUAUACAUGUAUUUGUCUAAAUUAGGACUGUGCCAAUAUAUACAGGAGUACCAUUUAUC